AUGAAAGACCCCUACCUUGUUGAGCCUGGUAACCAUUAUGAGAAUGAUGCAUGUUUAGAACAAGUGGAAGAUAAUAAUACGAUUGGACAAUUCGACCCUGUUGGAGAAAUUUCAGAUGAAAAAGAAGAUGAAUUGAACCAAGUAGAAUUCAUAUCACUACAAAGCUUGAUGCUUGAUGCUGCUUCUAGUAAAGUAGAAGAACGGUCUAUGAGAAAAUGCAAAGAACAUAAAAAGGGCACUAAAACGUAUUCGUCGAGAGAGGUCUUGAGUUGGAAAUCUUGGCCUACUGAAGAAAAGAAG